AUGGCAAUGGCAACCCCUCAAGAUGCCCCUCAUGCUGAACCACCUCCUCAUGUUCGUCUGGACGUGGACUCGAACUCGGGAACUAAUCCUACACAAAUACCAGCGGUUCUAGCUGAACCAGUGCCAGAACAACAAAAAAAGGUGGAGGAUGGUCACUAUUAUCGACCGCUGCUGCGAGCUGCGUUCGAGGGUGAUUGGGAGACUGCUAAUAGAUUCUUCGUGCGAGAUAUAGCCUCAAAGAAAGCUAUAAUUACAAGCGAAUCUCAAACUGCGCUACAUAUAGCGGCCAUGAGCGCCCAAGAUCAGUUCGUCAAGAACCUGGUCGAGCUCUUGUCUCCGGAAGAACUUGAAGUGGCUGAUGGCAAACAGUGCACCGCCAUCCAUUAUGCCGCCUUGGGUGGAAGAAUAAGGAUGGUCAAGGCAUUAGUCAGAAGAAAUCCUAAGUUGACACACGUUCUAGACGGUCAGGGAUUCGUUCCUCUACGGCGAUUUGCUGAAUACGGUGCCAUGUCUAAGGAGGUUGCUUGGUUCCUGGCCAUGAAUACAACAGACGACGAUCCGAGUCGCCCUUUUUCCGGUACUCAAGGGUUUGAUACCAUCUUAUACCUUGCCUAUGCUGGUCAUCAUGGUGUUCCGGUGGACUUGAACUCCAUUCCCGAUGAGAAUUCAAGGAUCUCGGUGCCACCAACUAAGAUGGCUCAAGCACUUCAGAUUUUCGCAAAGUUAUUCGUGGUUGAAGCCCUUAGAGCUUUGAAAAAGCUUCCCUGGAAUGCUGCCAAAAUUGUGGCUCCUCCAGUCCAGAGCAUUCAUGAUGCAAAGCUGAGACACAAGGCGGCUGUUGAGUUGGCAAAACUAGUUUGCGCCGAGAUUUCUUACAUGAAAACAUCUGAGAUCCUCACAUUCUUUAAAGAAGACACCGUCAUCUUUAGGGCCACAUCUAAGGGAAUCGUUGAACUGCUGGAGAUAUGCCUUAAGUCCUUCCCGGAGCUAAUUUGGACUACCGUUGAUGGUAAAAGUUGGCUGACAAUUGCCGUGGAGCAUCGCCAAGAGGAGGUUUGUAGACUCUUUUUGGCGGCAAACUCGGCUAAUAAUCUGUGCGUCAUCCCUACCACACCCGAAGACGCUGAGUCAAAGGCCAUGUUGCAAGCGGCAGCACAAUACUCGCCUAAUUUUGGCUAUUUGAGCAAUGUCCCCGAAGUAGCUUUUCAGAUGCAGAGAGAACUUCAAUGGUUUAAGGCUGUGGAAAGUUGCGUCCAUCCUUUUUACAAGAUACAGACGACUUCUCGUCAAGAAGGAAAUACCAAAGUUUCUAAGACAUAUUGGCAUAUAUUCCUAGAUGAGCACAAGGAGUUGCUUAAGAAUGGACAAAAAUGGAUGAAGAGUACACCAAGUUCAUUCUUGCUCAUCUCAACCCUAAUCGCUAUGGCUCUGUUUGUUGCGGCUUUGAUCGUAUCGGGAGGCAACAACGACAGUACUAGGGUCCCUAUAUUGUUAGGAAAGGACUCUCUCGUGGUUUUUGCGAUCACGGAUGCACUAGGCUUGUUCUUCUCCAUGGCAGCCAUCUUAUCAUUCUCAGCCAUCCUGACUUCAUCCUGCGAGCCGGAAGAUUUUCUCUACUCGUUGCCGAAGAAGAUGAUAAUCGGCCUCUCCUCCCUCUUUUUCUCCCUGGCUUUCAUGCUCGCAUCCUUCGCCGCUGCUCUCGCCAUCGUGUUGGAUGAGAGACUCGACUUCCGUUGCUUUUUCAAAUGGUUAAAUCCACCUUUGGACCGAGCAUCUUCCGGCCCAGAAAGAUUUGGAAACGAUCUACAAAUUGCUGGAUGA